CCCCCCCCCCCUCCCCCCUCCCCUUUUUCCUUUCGUCCUUGACACACUGCCUUUGGAAGCCGUGCACCAGCCAUGGGUAACUCCCUCUCUGCCCUGAACUCCACCGAGAACACCCGGUCUCUGGCGAUGGACAACCCCACCUUGGAGCGGGUGACCGCGGUGCCGGACCCCGACGCGCCGAUCCCGUCGCCGGCGGCCGCGGCCCAGCCCCCGGCUGUGCCGCCCUCUUCGCUGGAUGUGAGCCAGUGCUUUCUCGAGAUGCUAGCCGAGCGGGAGAUGUUCCGGCACCACCUGGCCGGGGACGCGGCCGGCGCGGAACGCCCGGCUGUCACCUCCUUGGACCUGGAUCGUGAGCUGUCGCAGCUCUUCCCCGACCGCCGGUCCCUGCUCAUGGGGUCGGCCUCCUUCCACACCUAUCAGCUUGGCUACAACCAGGCGCUCGCCGAUGCCAAGCGCUCCAUCGAGGAGGCCAAGAACCUGGAGAAGUUCGAGGCCGAGCGCGUGCGCAGCCAGCACCUGCUGGAUCUGCACGAGCACACCCAGGACCUGGCCGUCCGGUUGGAUCGGUCCUUCAGCGCCCUGACCCCGGUGGAGAGCCCCAUGCCGGCUGAUGUUGAGCAGGUGCACAAGCUCCGCCAGGAGUUGGCCCAUUGCCUGACGCACGACUACCAGGAGUCGCCGGCGUACAACUGCGCCAUCACGCUGGAAACCCUGGCGCAGGCCAUCACCGCGGCCGAGCUGAGCAUCUAGCGCAUGCCCGCCUCCGCCGGUCCCUCACCUUCCUGGCCUCUCCCUGCUGCUCCACCAUUGACAUGGAGCGGGGAGGGGGAAGAGACACGGAUGCCCCCCCCCACACACCCCGCCUGCACGUGCGCGCGUGGACCCUCCUCUUCACAAUGCACCCCCGCACGGACACACCCGUGCGCACGCAAAUACACGAACAUCAGAUACCC